AUGUACGACCACGCAGUACAUCAGAAGCUCCAACAGUUCCUGAAGUCAAAGAACAGAUCAGAGAAGAGACUCUCUGAGAUCCAGUGCUCAGCUCUGGCCGACAUGCUGCAGAUGUCAGAGGAGGUUCUGGAUGAGUUGAACCUGAACAAAUUGAGUUACUGCAGUUUGUCAAAGACCAGCUGUGAUUAUCUCGUCUCAGCUCUGAAGUCCAACUCCUCCCAUCUGAGAUAUCUGCAUCUGGGAGGAAACAAGCUGAAGGAUUCAGGAGUGAAGCUGCUGUGUGGUUUUCUGAAGAGUCCAGACUGUAAACUGGAGACUCUGGGACUGAACAACUGCAGGUUGUCAAAGACCAGCUGUGAUUAUCUGGCCUCAGCUCUGAAGUCCAACUCCUCCCAUCUGAAAGAGCUGGAUCUGGGAGGAAACAAGCUGAAUGAUUCAGGAGUGAAGCUGCUGUGUGGUUUUCUGAAGAGUCCAGACUGUAAACUGGAGACUCUGAGAUUGUAUUACUGCAGGUUGUCAAAGACCAGCUGUGAUUAUCUGGUCUCAGCUCUGAAGUCCAACCCCUCCCAUCUGAGAUAUCUGGAUCUGGACAUGAACUACCUGAAGGAUUCAGACAUGAAGCAGCUGUGUGGUGGACACCUGGGUUAG